CGGCGGCUCCGCGGGGCUGCGGCGGCCGAGGCCUCGCAGGGAGCGCCCCGGGCCCCCCCGGCGCCCCCCGGGCCCUGCGCGGGCCGAUGGCGGCGGGGGGCUCGGCCGCGGGGCCCCCCCGGCGCUGGGAGCCGCGGCCCGGCCGGCAGCGGGGAGCGGGCCCGGCCCGGCCGUAGAGCGCGGAGCGGCGGCGCAGGUUUGCCAUGGCCGACCCCAGCCACAUCCAGUCCGCCGCCUCCAAGAGCAUCCGCCCGUUCCGCUCCAGCGAGGAGUACCUGGAGGCCAUGAAGGAGGACCUGGCCGAGUGGUUCAACACCCUCUACGACCUGGACAUCCAGGCGGACACCUUCCUGGAGAGCCUGGAGACGGGCUGCCACCUGUGCCGCCACGCCAACACGGUGACGCGCGCGGCGCGGGAGUUCCAGGAGCGGCGGCCCGAGGCGGCGGCGCGGCUGCGCCUGCCCCGCUCCGAGGUGCUGUUCCAGGCCCGGAACGUGGCGCCCGGCUCCUUCAUCGCCCGCGACAACGUCUCCAACUUCAUCCGCUGGUGCCGCCAGGACCUGGGCAUCCAGGACGUGCUCAUGUUCGAGACCAACGACCUGGUGCUGAAGAAGAACGAGAAGAACUUUGUGCUCUGCCUGCUGGAGGUGGCCAGGAGGGGCUCCAAGUUUGGGAUGCUGGCGCCCAUGCUGAUCCAGAUGGAGGAGGAGAUUGAGGAGGAGAUGAGGGACCAAAUGGCGGACGGCGCGCCGGGCACGGGCCGGGAGAGCCGCGAGCCCCGGGCGGGCGCCUGCCCCAGCCGGGCCCGGCCCGUGGCGCUCUGCGACCUCCGGAACCUGGACGAGCUGGUGCGGGAGAUCCUGGGCUGCUGCUCCUGCCCCUCGCAAUUCCCCAUGGUCAAGGUCUCGGAAGGGAAGUACAAAGUGGGCGACUCCAACACGCUCAUCUUCGUCCGAGUGCUGCGGAGCCACGUCAUGGUGCGCGUGGGCGGCGGCUGGGACACGCUGGAGCAUUACCUGGACAAGCACGACCCGUGUCGCUGCGCUGCCCUCGCUCACCGCCUGCCCCAGCCCCGCACCCCGGGCGUGUCCCCCCAAAAAGCAGCUCCCGGCACCUCCUCGUCCCGCGCCUCCAGCCCCAGCACCCCCCGGCGCCCCCGGCCCCCCCAGCCCCGGGGGGACCCCCCGAAACCCCUCAGGCAGGAGGGUGUCCCCCCCCGGGGGGGCUCCGGCAGCCCCUCCAGGAGCCCCGCGGAGCCGCGGGGAGCGGCAGCGCUCAGGCCGCGCGCCCCCGCGCGCUCCCGGCGCUGCUCGGGUGACCGCGACUCGUCCCCGGUGCCCCCGGCGCAGAGCGGCCCCCGCCGCCCCCCGGGCCCCCGCCGGGACCCCGCCGAGCCGCCGGGGCCGGGCUCCCCCCGCAGCCCCGCGCCGCUGCUGCUGAUCCGCCGCCGGCCCGACGGGCAGCACUCGUGGGCCCGGCCGGAGCCGCCCGGUGCCGGUACCGGGCCCGGCCCCGCGGGCACCCCCGGCAGCCGGCGCGACCCCCGGCCCGGCCCCGGGGACCCCGAGGAGCUGGCGCGGCGGCUGCGGGCCCCGCGCUGGCUGGAGCCCGGGCAGGAGCAGCGGCUGUUCCAGCGGCUGGAGGAGGAGUUCCUGGCCAACACGCGGCUGCUGGAGCAGCUGGGGGACACCGAGAGCCCCCCGCCCGCGGCCCCCGCCGCCGCCGACUCGGCCUAUUGCUCCUCGUCGUCCUCGUCUUCCUCGCUGAACGUGUUCGCCAAGCACGGGCCGCCCGCCGGGAGCAGCGACGGGAACAACAACGGGAACAACAACGGGAACAACAACGGGACCGGUAACGGGACCAGUAACGGGAACAGCGGCGGGUGCCCCCCGCUGCCCGCCCACCCCAGCCUGGCCGAUGCCCGGCGCCGCUCCACCUUCUCCAGCUCCUCCGACGAGAGCUGCUGCCUGCCGGCGUCCUGGGACAGCCGGGAGGCUCCGGGGAACCCCGGCUCCGACACGGACUGGGCGGCGGGCGAGGACGAGCUGAUGGAGGCGGAGGAGAGCCCGCGGCUCCCCGCGCGGCCGUGGGCCAAGCCCCGGCUGGACACGCAGCCGCACCGGGCGCCCUCCCGCAUCCCCACGCCCCGGGCGCACGGGCCGGGAGCCCAGCGAGCCCCGAACGGCGGCCCCAGGGCCUGGGGGGCUCUGCAGAGCAUCCCCCCCUCCCUGCUGGAGCCGCCCUGGGCGCCGCCGGAGCGCCAGGGGCUGGAGGAGAACGCGUGGCCCUGACAGGUGACAUGGGGACAGCCCCGAGGUGGCACCUGAGCGGAGACGCGCGGCCGGGAGGUGGCCACAGAGCUGGGGUGGCCAGGACUCCUCUUUGGUGACAGAAAGCAUUGGGGGGGGCCUGCGAGGAGCCCCCAGCCCCUGCCAGGCCCAGAGGGGGCCGGGGGAGCAGCUCCACGGGCGGGCAGGGCAGAGCUGGCACCUGGGAGCCGGGCUGGACAGCACCCAGCUCUUGGUCUCUUCAUCUCUCCUCAUUCUUCUGCACGUGUUUUCCUCAUCCUAACAUCUUGUCUUCUCCUCUUCUUGCUAUUGGCGUCAUCUUCCUCCUCAUUGGCUGCCUUCUCGUCUUCUCUCCUCCUCUUGGCCUCUCUCCUCUCCUCCCUCUGCCUCUCCCUCUGCCUCUCCCUCUCCCUCUCCUUUCCUCUCGUGCAGUUUCUCACCCCAGUCCCUAUUUCAGGGCCGAGGGGGGUCACUCUCCCCUCUCCAGCCCCAGCACUGCCCACAGCUCGUGCUGCUGUCCCUGGGGUGGGGCAGGGCUGUGUCCCCACCCCUGCAUGUCCUCUCCAGCCAGUAAAGACCAACGGAGCUGA